AUGGCGUCGGUCGGGAAGGCCUCAGUGUUCUGUGAUACUGUGGGUACGACCUCGGGGAUGCUGCGGGGUGUGAAGGUGGGCAGCCCUACAGUAGCAGGCCCUGUCGAUAAGGCACAUCUGGUCCAUAGAAUAGCCUUGGGCAGAAUCGACACCAUGGAGGAGUCCCUCACAGCUGCAUGGUCUAAGGCUGACAGUCGGGCUCGAGAACACCUUCGUGCUGGUCGCAAGCCUUUAGCGUUGCAAGCAUUGAAGGAACGGUCUCUACUACAGGGCCGACUAGACGAGCUAGGUAAAUAUCGUCUUCAGCUCCAGAGCACUAGCGGGUUCACAGCAACAGCUGAAAUACAGAGUAUAGUGGUUGAGGCUCUUUCGGCAAGCACGAUGAUGGCAAAGGAACAGAAGGUCGACUUGGAACACGUUGAUAAGCUAGCCGAGGACAUGCAGGAAGUGAGAGAAGACAUAGAAGUGAGCUCUGGCCUAUGGACUGUAUCUAUGAGGGAUUCCCUCCAGCUGGUGUCGGAUGCCAUAGCGGCGAUGUCUCUGAAUGGUGGUGCUGCAGUAGAACAGGAUCCCGACCUACAGGCUGAGCUCGAUAAGCUCAUGGACGAGCAACAGGAUAUUGACGUGAUUGCUGUUAAGGAGCAGGUGGGUUGCAGCAGCACCGUCUGUCCCGACAGACGUCGUUGGAGGGGAGCCGGUGAAAACUAUCUUGUCCGAAGAUUCGAAAGCUAA